AUGGGCUUUUUUUGGUGGGGUAAUAAAUCUUCUAAUGAUUCAAGUGAUAGUAAAAAUGGAAAGAUCGAUGUCCCGAAAGAGCUAGAAGAGUAUAUAUCUGGGAAAAAUGAUACGACUGUCGAUACAAAGAAUUUCAAACGGUUUUUAGAGACAAAUCAGACGAAUAAUUUCUACAAAGGAGACAGUAGUGGUAAGACUUUACAAAGGAGUACAUCUUUAUCUGAUUAUCCUUCUGCUGAUAUCAGACGGGAUGUAAUUAAAGAUGGCCCUCAGUUACCGAUGAUAUCCAAUUUCAAGACCACGUACUCUAAAACUCAAUCUGAUAUAUAUAAAAGAGAAAAUGGACUUAAAGAAUCGGUACUCACAAAUUGUUCGGAGAUUCAAUUUCAACUUUUAGAAUGUCUUAAGAAGAGAUCAACUUUGCAGAAAAUUACUGGGUACAUUAAAGGAGACGAUGAUUGUUCCAUGUUAGCGGACUUUCUUAGCUCGUGUACUAAGCUACAAAAAAUGGCUUUAGUCAUGUUUGAUUAUGGAAGCCUUGAAAAGGUAGAAGAAAUUGAAGUGGCAAAGGCUAGCGUCGAUAAAGUAUUCAACAAUAGCUUUAAGAAUAUCAAGGAUGUGGAGGAUAACAAAAAAUACAUGAAAUACACGAAGUCUUUGAAAAAGGAGAGGGAUAAAUUUCAUGAUAUGUUUGGGAAGUAA